AUUCGAUAAGAAAUAGAGACAAUCAUUUCAAAUGCCCAAGUUAUCAUUUGUAGAUAAAUUUUUACCUGUAUGGAUAUUAGGUUGUAUGAUAUUAGGCGUUCUAUUAGGUGUCUAUGUACCCUCUGUUAAAGAAAAGUUAAACACGGUAACUUUAGCUGAUGUUUCAUUGCCAACUGCCAUUGGAUUACUAUGGAUGAUGUACCCUGUGCUAUGCAAAGUACGUUAUGAAGCAUUAGUUAUCAUUCUUAAGGAAAAGGACAUUAAACGACAGAUAAUGAUCUCACUCAUCAUCAAUUGGAUCAUCGCACCCCUUUUUAUGACUGCUAUUGCAUGGGCUACGUUACCCGAUCUACCUGAAUAUCGUAGUGGUGUUAUCUUGGUCGGCACAGCUCGUUGUAUUGCUAUGGUAUUGAUAUGGAAUAAUCUUGCAGGCGGAGAUAUCGAAUAUUGUGCGAUUUUAGUGGCCAUCAAUUCACUGUUACAAAUAGGUUUAUAUGGUCCGUUAUCGUAUUUUUAUGUGGUGAUUGUUGGACAUGGAUCGGAUGUAGGCAUCAAUAUGUGGAUUGUUGUAAGAAGUGUCUUGGUAUUUUUAGGAAUACCUUUACUAGCUGCUGUGAUUACACGAUUAACGUUACGACGUGUGUUUGGGAAGCAAUGGUAUGAUAACAAGUUCUUGCCAACCAUCGGAUUCACUUCGUUACUUGGACUAUUAUUUGUCAUUGUGGUGAUGUUUUCUUCACAGGGAUAUGAAAUCGUACAUGAUAUCGGAAAUGUCUUCAGAGUGAUGGUCCCAUUGGUAGUGUACUUUGCCAUUAUAUUUUUUGCCACGUUGUAUCUAUGUCAUUACCUAUGCAUCCCUUAUCCUACUGCCGUAACCCAAUGUUUCACUGCCGCAUCCAAUAAUUUUGAAUUAGCCAUCGCUGUUGCUGUUGGAUCAUAUGGAAUAGAUUCGAAAGAAGCUCUCGCUGCUACCAUCGGCCCAUUAAUCGAAGUCCCUGUUUUAGUUGCUCUUGUAUACGUGAUUAUGUCUCUACGUACAAAAUGGUAUGAGAAGAAAAUAGUGCAAUGUGAAGAUGAAAAAUGCAAGGCAUCUGCAAUUUCAACUCCUGUAGAUCUCCCCAAUUAAUUUUUUUUUUUUUUUUCAAUCCAAU